AUAAAAUUCUCAGAUAAUAAAAAAUGUUGCAUCAAUCUCAAACCACAGAGAUAAACUUCUCAUAUCUCCUUCUGGUUUUUGUUCGUUAUCUUAUCGCCAUUUCGUAACGAUGAAUCUACAAUUUCCUAUUUAAACUGUCCAUUUAAUCUGAAAUUAAUUCAGUAUCAUUUCAGACUUUACACAUUUCCCAUUUAAUCAGAAAAAUUCGUGAUGAAAGUAGCUGUUGUCGGCGCAGGAAUUGCUGGUCUCGCAUGUUGCAAAUACUGCAAAGAAGCAAACAUUUCCGUGGAUUGUUUUGAGCAAACCAACAAAAUUGGAGGCACUUGGGUUUAUAGCGAAGCAACAGGUCAAGACAAACAUGGACUUCCCAUUCACUCGGCAAUGUACAAAAAUCUCUACACAAAUUUACCGAAAGAAACAAUGAGUUUUCACGAUUUUCCGUUUGAUGGCUUUGACAGAAGUUAUGUGACACCCAAGGAAGUGCUUGAAUAUUUGGAAAAAUAUGUUGAAAAGUUCGGAUUUCGUGAAAGUAUAAAAUUCGAACAUUUAGUGACGAAAGUCGAACCCAUCGAAAACGGAAAAUGGCGCGUUGCUUCACAAGAUUUGGUGAAAGACGAACAAAAAACUGGGAUUUAUGACGCAAUUUUUGUCUGCAAUGGACAUCAUUUCACGCCAAAUCUUCCAAAAAUCCUCGGAAUUGAGAAUUUCAAAGGCAAAAUAAUGCACAGUCACGAAUAUCGCGUACCUGAGCCUUUUACAGGGCAAAAAGUUUUGACAAUCGGAGCAGGUCCUUCGGGCAUUGAUAUCACCAAAGAUUUGAGUUCCGUGGCAAAAUCGGUCGGUUUUAGUCAUCAUGGAGAUCCUUUAACAACGGCAAGUUACGAAAGUGUCUACAGCAGCAAUGUGAUGCAGUUACCAGACGUCGCCCAAAUACUCGAAGACGGAAAAGUUCAUUUUUACAACGGAGAAGUUUACGAAUUUGACACAAUUAUUUAUUGCACCGGAUAUAAUUACUCGUACCCGUUCUUGUCUCCUGAAUGCCAGAUCAAAGUUGAGGACAAUCACGUCACUGAAUUGUACAAACAUGUCAUCAACUUGAACCAUCCAACGAUGUAUUUCAUUGGAAUUCCCUUUUCAACACUAAUUGUGCCGUUAUUCGAUCUUCAGGUUCGAUUUUGCUUGAAAUUCCUCACAAAAGCUGUUGAACUGCCUUCCACGGAGAAAAUGCGACAAGAUUUGAACGAAGAUAUCUAUCAACGCCAAUUACGGGGCUACAAAAAACGAAAAAUGCAUCAACUGGGAAAGGAUUUUAUGCAAAGUUACAUGAACGAAUUGGCGACAAUGGCUAAUAUUGAGCCUGUGAAGCCCGUUAUCUUCGAUAUUUACUUCCGCAGACAACUUUUGAUGCGAAUUGACUUGAGAAACUAUCGAAAUUUUAACUAUAAAAUUUUAGAUGAUUUUAAUUUUGAAGAAACUCGACAAGAAGUUCUUUAAAAAAAA